UUCCGCUGCGGCUCGGCGGUGCGCCUCAGGCUUCCCCUUCCUUCCUUCCUUCCUUCCUUCCUUCCUUCCUUCCCUGUUCGUCGUCGUGGUCCCGUCGUGUUCCUCUGGCCAGACCGGCACCAUGGCGACGUUCAUCUCCGUGCAGCUGAAGAAGACGUCCGAGGUGGACCUGGCCAAGCCGCUGGUGAAGUUCAUCCAGCAGACGUACCCGAGCGGCGGCGACGAGCAGGCCCAGUACUGCCGCGCCGCCGAGGAGCUCAGCAAGCUGCGGCGAGCGGCGCUCGGACGCCCGCUGGACAAGCACGAGGGCGCGCUGGAGACGCUGCUGAGAUACUAUGAUCAGAUUUGUUCCAUUGAACCCAAAUUCCCAUUUUCUGAAAAUCAGAUCUGUUUGACAUUUACCUGGAAGGAUGCUUUUGAUAAAGGUUCCCUUUUUGGAGGAUCUGUAAAAUUGGCUCUUUCCAGCUUAGGCUAUGAAAAGAGCUGUGUGCUGUUCAACUGUGCAGCCUUAGCCAGCCAGAUCGCAGCAGAUCAGAACCUGGACAAUGACGAAGGACUGAGAACUGCCGCUAAGCAGUACCAGUUUGCUAGUGGUGCCUUUUUACAUAUUAAAGAGACAGUUUUAUCUGCCUUAAAUCGAGAGCCUACUGUGGACAUAUCUCCAGAUACUGUGGGGACCCUCAGCCUCAUUAUGCUGGCACAGGCCCAAGAAGUAUUUUUUUUAAAAGCCACAAGAGAUAAGAUGAAAGAUGCCAUCAUAGCUAAGCUGGCGAAUCAGGCUGCAGAUUAUUUUGGUGAUGCUUUCAAACAGUGUCAAUACAAGGAUACUCUUCCCAAGUAUUUUUAUUUCCAGGAGGUGUUCCCUGUCUUGGCUGCAAAGCACUGUAUCAUGCAGGCCAACGCCGAGUACCACCAGUCUAUCUUGGCAAAGCAGCAGAAGAAGUUUGGGGAAGAGAUUGCAAGAUUGCAGCAUGCAGCAGAAUUGAUUAAGACAGUAGCAUCUCGCUAUGAUGAGUAUGUCAGUGUGAAGGAUUUUUCUGACAAAAUCAGCCGUGCCCUUACUGCAGCGAAGAAGGAUAAUGACUUCAUUUAUCAUGAUCGAGUUCCCGACCUUAAAGAUCUUGAUCCUGUGGGCAAAGCCACACUGGUGAAACCGACUCCUGUCAGCGUCCCCGUCAGCCAGAAAUUCACAGACCUGUUUGAGAAGAUGGUUCCCGUGUCUGUGCAGCAGUCCCUGGCUGCGUUCAAUCAGAGGAAAGCUGACCUGGUCAACAGAUCAAUUGCUCAGAUGAGAGAAGCCACUACUCUGGCAAAUGGGGUGUUAGCGUCCCUCAACCUUCCAGCAGCAAUUGAAGAUGUGUCUGGAGACACUGUACCUCAGUCUAUACUGACCAAGUCUACAUCUGUGAUUGAACAGGGAGGAAUCCAGACAGUUGACCAGUUGAUAAAGGAACUGCCUGAAUUACUCCAGAGGAAUAGAGAAAUCUUAGAUGAGUCACUUAGGUUGCUGGAUGAAGAAGAAGCUACUGAUAACGAUUUAAGAGCAAAAUUCAAGGAGCGCUGGCAAAGGACUCCGUCCAGUGACCUCUACAAGCCUUUAAGAGCGGAGGGUGCCAGUGUCAGAGCCGUGUUAGAUAAAGCCAUGCAGGCAGAUGGACAAGUGAAAGAACGUUACCAGUCUCAUCGAGACACCAUCGCGCUUCUGUGUAAGCCGGAGCCUGAACUGAAUGCUGCCAUCCCCUCUGCCAAUCCAGCAAGGACCAUGCAGGGCAGCGAGGUUGUAAAUGUCUUAAAAUCUUUAUUAUCGAGUCUUGAUGAAGUAAAGAAGGACAGAGAGGGUCUUGAGAAUGACCUGAAGUCAGUAAAUUUCGACAUGACAAGCAAGUUUUUGACUGCUCUGGCUCAAGAUGGUGUGAUAAAUGAGGAAGCUCUUUCUGUUACUGAACUGGAUAGGAUCUAUGGAGGGCUUACAGCUAAAGUCCAAGAAUCUCUGCAGAAACAGGAAGGACUUCUAAAGAAUAUUCAGGUCUCCCACCAGGAAUUUUCAAAAAUGAAGCAAUGUAACAAUGAAGCUAACCUAAGAGAAGACGUUUUGAAGAACUUGGCCACUGCUUACGACAACUUCGUUGAACUUGUAGCUAAUUUGAAGGAGGGCACAAAGUUUUACAACGAUCUGACUGAAAUCCUGGUCAGGUUCCAGAACAAGUGCAGCGACAUAGUGUUUGCACGGAAGACAGAGAGAGAUGAGCUCUUAAAAGACUUGCAGCAAAGCAUUGCCAGAGAACCCAGUGCGCCUUCAAUCCCCACCCCUGCGUAUCAGUCCUCUCCUGCAGCAGGACACGCACCCGCUCCUCCAACUCCAGCCCCAAGAACCAUGCCGCCUGCUAAACCCCAGCCCCCAGCACGGCCUCCACCUCCUGUGCUUCCAGCAAAUCGAGUGCCUCCUGCUGCUGCUCCUGCCGGGGCUGGGGCUGCCGCACCCCCUCCACCACAGUCCUCUGGCUCUGCCCCCCCGCCGCAGGCCCAGGGACCACCAUACCCUACCUACCCAGGAUAUCCCGGGUAUUGCCAAAUGCCCAUGCCCAUGGGCUACAAUCCCUAUGCGUACGGCCAGUAUAACAUGCCAUAUCCACCAGUAUACCACCAGAGCCCCGGACAGGCUCCAUACCCAGGGCCCCAGCAGCCCUCCUACCCCUUCCCUCAGCCCCCACAGCAGUCUUACUACCCACAGCAGUAAUACUUCUGCUCAGACCUCACUGGUUCAGUUCAGAGGGAGAGAAACACCAACUCGGCAAUAAGCGCUAAACUCCACGCUCUGGUUAAUGUCACAUGCUUGACUGGACUGAAUUCAGUGUGUAAUUUCUGUCUGCGGCUAAAAGCCAAAAGCUGUGCCCCAGUUCCACAUUCGAUCGCACAUGUGAGAUUCUGCUGCUGCUGCAGUAGGUGCACUAGGUAUAAUAGGACUUGAACAAAAGAUUACAUUGCGGUUCAUAAAAGUUGAAAAUGAGAAGAAAUUAAACCUGCAAGUGAAACAUUUGAAAUUACCAUACUUUCUAUAUGAGAUGCGGUUGGAACAUCAGAUACUUUCAAAGAUGGUUUGAGUACUUAUAUUCAAGAAAGGAACAUUUUCUUUCUCUUUUGGUGUAUUGAUUUGGUUUAAUUUCAAUAAUGAUAUUUUUGAGUAAUCAAAGCACUGUAAAUCUUAUAAUUUAAAAAUAAAUGACUUGAGAACAGUGGUCAUUGUUACGUUUUGUCGUUGAUUCUCAUUGUUGUCUAACCCGUUCUGGUGUUGGUGUCUCACUCUGUAUGUUCUCGGGUUAAGCACCUGUGUGUGGACGCGUGAGCAGUGUGAGUUGAUGGUCAGGUCCCAGGACAGGAUACGGGAAAACCAAGAGCAUAGCGCUGUAAUUUAUCUUUCAUAAGCUGACUGGAAAAUUAACUUUGACAUUUAUUUUGAAAAGUUCUAUGAUGUGGAAGAAACACAGUUGUUACCAAAGAUUCUUCAAAUAAAUAUAACAUUUAAUGUUUUAUUGUUAGCUUCUCCAAGAAAUUGAUGCCAAUUCCAAUAAUUCAGUUUUCUUUUCCUAAUCUGGUUAAAUAAACAGAGGUCGUUGGCAGUGCUGUGAUGCAGUGGGACUGCUUGGAGAACUUUGCUGCGCCCUUGAUUCUGUCCCACUUCACUGACCCUGUAACAUUUCAUGCACAACGCGUUGGAGUAGAUCUUAGCCCUAUCUGUUUUCUUGUUUUUGCUCCUAAAAGAUUAGGGACCACAAGAACCAUCGUUGGGAGCAUAGACAGUUCUGGAAAAGGCUGCGUACCUAACACUCGACUCUGCUCUAAGGAGAGCUACUGUCUUAAGUGUCAGCAAAAGUCCUGGAAGAUGCUUUACGAGUGAGCAGACUUGAAGGCCGCGCAUUCCCACUGUCUCUGUGGGGUCUGUGCUUUGUGCGGUCACUUCUGAACACACUAGGUGAUGAGCAGAUUUCUAAUGAACCUGUGUUUACUUUGAGUUCAAUGUUGACUUUUUCUUGCAUUAUUAUUUCAUUUAAGUGAUACUGUCAUUUGGUGUACUGUUGGCUUCAUUGAUAAUUUAAACUUAUAUUUUAAAUGUUAGACUGAAUAUAUGAUUGUAAAAGGAAGUAGGUUGGGUUAAAAUAUAUGUAUAUUUUAAAGAAUCUUACUUUGUUGUUGUAUGUAGAAAAUACAGACAUGUUAAUUCAAUAUAAGUGACUGGUUACCUGGAAUACUGUUGGUGGUUUUAAAGCCCAGUCGUUAAACUUUGACAAAAAUAACCUUUUUAAUGAUUUGUUGCUAAGUUUCAAUACCUGUAUUCCUCCCACUGUGAGCUGGGCUCGUUUAACUCCUCUGUAAACGGCAUGUAGUUCUUUAUUCCCCACCGAGGUGUCACACUGACCUGAGACACCGCGAGUUAGGGUCUCCAGCGUGCUAGUCUACAGCUCUUACUAGUGCAGAAACAGGAAGACAAAACAAAACAGUUGGCCUGAAUAUUCUCUUGGGGAAAGAGGGCACUAGAGGGUAAGUGCUUGUGAGGGCUAAUAGGAGCAGGGGCGGAGCUGGGCUGCGCCCACCGAGCCACAGAAGGUGGGCUUGGGGGUUCCCAGUCCCUGGGGCAGCUCCUCCCAUCAGCCUGUGAGCUCAGUUCUUUAGCAGACCCUUCUCUGUUCAGUUCUCAAGUCCUUUAGGUUACUGUCGCUGUUCUUGUGGUCACCAGUGCUCGAUGCUGUGGACUCACGCUAGGCCUGGCCCUCCUCAGCUGCCUGCUAGCUUCAUAAGCGGACACGGACAGCUUACUUGACGCUUACUCUACAUUCUGGCGGAUUAGAAGGCAGCCCUUACAGGGGGAGAUGUGUUACCAAACCCGAAACAUUUGUGUAGCUUUCUGUGUCCUAAAAAAGUUACAGUAAAGGAUGCUGUUUAUUUGCAGAUAGGGGAGGGCUCUGCUCUGGGGCUCAGGUGUGUUAUCCCGUGUUUAUAAUUAAGCUUUUCUGUUGCCUUCUUAAAGUAAGGAGCCCAUCCCAGGCUAUUUAUGUUGGGCUUUGGACUCCUUUCAUGGCCUGGAUUACUCUUCAACUGAAGCUGUCUGUUCAGGGAAAGCCAUCUUCUGUUUCUCGUUCCUGGUCUGGGGCAAAGCAUGGAUCUGGAGAGCUAUUCCUACACCCCUCAUCCGCCACUGCACCACAGCCAGUGUUUGUGAGGUAGCCCAACGUCUGUGCAGCUUAUAGUCGCAACUGGGAAGUCCCAAUUGUAGAAUUAUAAGACUGCCAAAAAAAAAAAAAAAAUCCUCGCAUUGGGAGGGAGCUGUGGGGACCGGACAUGGUGGGUGGGAGGGGCGGAGGAAGAAGGAGUUUCAUAGUCUCCCUUCCCCAGUGCGUCCCAGUCAGCAGCCUUCUUAAGUGAAAACAUUUAACAAAUGCCUUCUAGUUUGCAAGAGUGCUUUGUAUGCGUUUUUUGAUUUCACGAGCAGGAUCAAAGACGAUUUGUGAACUGUUCGCUUCAGCUUGCAAGUGGGGAUGGUGAUGAAUUUUUAUGAAGAGUGUGUCCUGAAGACUCACACCUCGUGUCUGUAACGUCUUCUGUUAGCUGACUCGUAGGAGGGAGCAGGAUGAAAGCCGGCCGGGCCCCUGCUCUCACGCCGCAGUUGCUGGCUUCAACACAGACUUUGAGUGGCUGUGAGAUUUACAUGGAAGAGCAAAGAAGGAAAACUAUAUUUUUAAAGAAAGAGAAUAUUCAGGCUUUAUUUCUGGUAUGAAGCUUCUAUUUUUUAAAGAAAAAUCCUAUAUUAUCACACCAGAGAUUUUAGAUUUUUUUCUGGUUACAAACAUUGAUGGUAGUUGGAUUAUAUUUUUUAUUGUAUUCAUUUCUCUUAAGGGGGAAAUUGUAAAGAAAUAAAGAUUCCAGAUGAAUGUGUCCUAGAAAUAAAAGUUGGAAGAUUCUUA